AUGGCUGCAGAAGUACAAGAGCAUCACAAUACGAAAGAAGUUCGAGAUUGCUCAGACUUUGCUAAAUGCAUGAACAGUGAUCCACGGAAUAUCAACCAUAAAUAUUAUCAGUCAGGGGAUGUGAUCAUAGCUGGCAUUAGUUCACAAAGCUUCAUGUUUUCCAAUCCUCUCAACUUUGAUCGCCAUCCCUCUUCUGAAGUCCUUGAUGAUCUCAUAUUUUUGACUCAGACUUAUCAGCAUAUCUUGGCUCUUGUCUUUGCUGUGAAGGAGAUCAAUGAUGAUACCCAGAUGCUACACAACAUCUCCUUGGGUUUCAACAUUUAUAAUGACUACUUCACUGGAAGCUUAACUUAUCUUGCUUCACUGGAGCUCCUCUCCACUUGGGGCAAGUUCAUUCCAAACUAUAAAUGUGAUGCCCAAAGUACUACUGUGGCUGUGAUUGGGGGACCCGACUCCAAAGCAUGUCUUCUCAUGGCAACCAUUCUGAGCAUCUACAAGUUACCACAGGUUCAGCCUCGUUCUUUGUGUAAUGAACCCUGUCAUAAAGGUCACAGCAAGAUCAAGAAGGAAGGGAAGCCAUUUUGUUGUUACGAUUGCCUUCCAUGCCCAGAAGGAAAAGUGUCAAACUGGACAGAUAUGGAUUCUUGUUACCAGUGUCCAGAGGAUCACUAUCCCAGUAAAGCCCAGGAUCAGUGCAUUCCAAAAGAGAUCAGUUUCCUAUCUUUUCAAGAACCUUUGGGGAUCACCUUGGCCAUUGUUGCUCUUUUAUUUUCUUCCAUCACAGCUCUGGUCCUUGCAGUCUUUGUCCAACACAGGAAUACACCCAUCGUCAAGGCCAAUAACCAGGGCCUCAGCCACACCCUCCUGGCCUCCCUUUUGCUUUCCUUUCUCUGCCCUUUGCUUUUCAUUGGUCGGCCUCAGAUGGCAACCUGUCUCCUUCGCCAAACUGCUUUUGGAAUCAUCUUCUCUCUGGCAGUUUCUUGUGUAGUGGCCAAAACUCUCAUUGUGGUCUUAGCUUUCAUGGCCACUAGGCCAGAUUCUAAGAUGAGGACUUGGAUAGGGAACAAGUUGGCCCUCUUCAUUGUGCCUUCCUGCUCCCUCGUUCAAAUCACUCUUUGCACUGUGUGGCUGGUGAGCUCUGCUCCCUUCCCAGAUCUUGAUAUGUACUCGCUGCCUACAGAAAUGGUUCUGGAAUGCAAUGAAGGCUCUGCUGCCAUGUUUUAUUGUGUCCUGGGUUUCAUUGGCCUCUUGGCCGUGAUCAGCUUUACAGUGGCUUUCCUUGGCAGGAACCUCCCAGACAGUUUCAACGAAGCCAAAUUUAUCACCCUCAGCAUGCUUCUCUUUUGCAGUGUCUGGAUCUCUUUUGUUCCAGCCUACCAGAGCACCAAAGGAAAAUACACGGUGGCUGUGGAGAUCUUCUCCAUUUUAGCCUCAAGUGCUGGAUUAUUGGUCCUCAUUUUCUUCCCCAAACUCUACACCAUCUUGAUAAGACCUGAGUUGAAUAACAGGCAACAACUCAUGAGAAAAACCCUCAUAAAAUGA